UAAUGGCGUCUCGCUGUCGGCUAAAAUCGCGUUUUCCACUGGCAAACAACACACAAUCGUAGUUUUUUACUAUAAAUAAUCCGUAAUAGUGCAUACAUUUGAUGAAUUUCUUUAAUUGGUUUGUAGUGUUUUAGUUUUUCGUUCUCGUUUCGUUACUGGAAAAUGGAUAUACCCGCUCCUCCGAAUGAUAUCGAAUUGAGAAAUAUCAUCGACAAGCUCGCGGAAUUCGUUGCCCGUAAUGGUCCGGAAUUUGAGUCGAUGACCAAAUCGAAACAGAAAGGAAAUCUAAAGUUUGCCUUUCUUUACGGUGGAGAGUAUUACAAUUAUUACCAGUACAAAGUAACUAGCAAGCAGUCAAUGAUGAAACAGGGAGGCCAUCCUCUCCCACUGAUGGGACAGCAAGUGAAUCCGUUCGGCCAGCAGUCACAGAACCAACAACAACAACAACAACAACAGAAUCAAAACAGCAAUCAAAUGCCACAAAUUUGGUCCAAUCCACCACCUCCCCAAGCUGCUCCACAGCAACAGCAGCAACAACAGGCGCCACCGCAACCGCCGGUGAUUAGUGCCCAGAUUGCAGCACAGAUUGAAGCUAUCAAUACCCAGCAAAUCGCUUUGCGCGAGCAGAUUCGCCAGUCGGAACUGAACCUGACCGCUCAGCAUGGGGUACUUUUACAGCAACAACAAGCGCAAAUCGAUGAGGCAGUAACACGGGCCCAGAAUGAUGCCCUAGUCAAGCAAGCGGAUGAUAGCAAAGUUUCGCUUAGUGACUUCGAUGCUAAACUGCAGCCCAUCAUCGAUUCAUGCACCAAGGAUAGCAUCUCUAAUGGAAAAGGCUGGAUUUUACAGCAUUGUACCGAUUCGGGAAAAUGUCAAAUUAUUUCGCAGUAUCUUUUGAGAAAGGCACUUAUUGCCGGAGUUAUAUUCGCGCAGAAAUUACAUCUUAUAUACUUAGUGAACGAUGUAAUUCACCACUGUAAUAAACUUUCCAGCAUCCGGAAGCGUACCGAUGAGCUGAAAAAAUGUUUGGAGAGUGCCGUCAUACCCAUGUUCUGCAACGCUCAAAUCACGGCCCAAAGCGAUGAACAGCGCGCAAAGCUGUCCAAGCUGCUAUCCCUGUGGGAAUCGAAGGGGAAUUUUUUCGAUGCCUGUGUAAUAUCAAAACUCAAAUCGCCUCCGUCGUCGCUCCAGGAGUACCAGAACUCAUUGCUCACUCAAUACGCUGCUAUCGUUGCACAGAUCACGCAGUCUACAAAAGUGACCUUCGAUAAUUAUCAACAACAGCACCAGGCAUUCGUCCAGCAUGCCACACAGCAGUUGGCAUUGUUGGAAAAACAGAAACAACAGAUCGAGCAACAGGCUCUGAAAGCUGCUCUUGUUGCACAGCAGCAGAAAAGUGCAGCACCUCUGCCACUACUGCCGGAGCUAUCCGGCGGUGCAAAUAACGGUCUUGGUCAGGUAAACUCCAUUCUUAACGCUAGUCGUGGAAAUAAUGACCGAAAUGUGUCCAUUCCAUCAUUGUUGGAGCAGAACAUCAAUUUCACGUUGCUGUCAGGUGCCCUCCAGAACUUGCAGAACAUUAACAGUCAGACUCAGAACAGUAGAGACAACGAUAGCAGAAACAGCAGUCUCGGAGCAGAUGAUCGUGAUCGGCGUGGAAACUAUGCGCAAUCCAACAAUUCAGGGGACGGCAACAACAAUAAUGGUGAUUACACGCAGCCACCGCCCAACUUUCCAAUUCCGGAUAUGUCCCGACCUCCACCUGGUAUGCACGACUAUCCGUACAGUUCGCGAGACAACGAAGAUUCGGAUGACAGACGAAAUGAUGAAUACGAUGAUCAACCAGUUGAUGACGAUGAUCAUCGAGGCGAGGACGAACAGGAUCAAGAAGCGGAACCAGAGUUCAAAGAGGAUCAACGACCGCAAAGUCCGCAGCAACCGUCAAUUCCCUAUUUUGAACUGCCUGCCGGGUUAAUGGUUCCUUUGAUUCGCCUCGAAGACUUCAGCUACCAUCCGCUGGAUCCCGAGGACAUACGAUUACCUCCGCCGGCACCUCAGAACGAACGUUUGUCGUCGGCAGUGGAGGCUUUCUAUGCACCCCCUAGCCAUGAGAGGCCUCGUGAUGGCGAAGGAUGGGAGAAGCUAGCCUUGUAUGAGUACUUCAAAGUUAAAAACGCCUCCCGCAAGCAAAAGGAAGAAGAACUUGAGGCAGGAGUACGAGAACGUUCGAGAUCUCCAACACCGAUCGAUCCAGAACUGCUUAAGGCAUCCAAAAAACAAAAGAAACGGGUCUAUCGUUCGAAGAGCCGUAGUCGAUCAAAGUCCCGAUCCAGAGACCGAUCACGGUCUCGCUCGCCCGUUCGAUAUAGGAACAGAUCACGUUCCAGAUCCAGAUCCAGGUCCAGAUCGCCUCGACGGGUACCACGUAAUAGAAGCCGUUCACCACCUCGCAGAGACCGAGAUCGUUCUCGAGAUAAACGGUCACCGACUCCACCGAGCUUCGGUGGAAGUGGCUUCGGCAGUAAAAAUGUGCAGGCUUUCCCGGAUGAUAAAGUGCAAAAGAUGACCGGGCUAGGUGGAAUAGGGGCUUUACAGGCCGCAGGAGGCGAAAUAUGGGGUGGCAACGAUCGAGAAGGUCUAGGAUCGUACGGAGCAAGGAAUGAUCCGUACGAGAGUUUUCGCAAAAACAAAGGCGCAGCAUUUAUAACACGCAUGAAAGCUAGGGCCGACGAUAGGUAAGGCCGCUAAAUGUGGCAUCACGAAAACUUUUUCGUGAUAUUUAAGUGUGUCAAUCUUAUAAGUGAGACAAACGAGGACAUCCU